AUGGCUCCCAAGAUCGCGUUCGCAGGUGCUACAGGCAACUUAGGACCAGCUAUCCUGAAAGCACUCCUCGACGCAGACUUCGAGGUAAUCGUCCUGUCAAGAAAGGACAGCAACACGACAGAUAAUCUGCCCAAGCAUGUAAAUCAGCACGUUGUCAAAGUGGACUACACACAUCAGCAAGAACUCAUCGCAGCGCUCCAAGUAGAAAAACACUUGGAAGAGCUCGCUGCCGCGGAUCCGGACUUUACUUACACGCUGGUAUACAACAAUGUCUUUUUCGACUGGGGUCUGGAAGUCGGCUUCAUCUUGAACCCAAAAAAACAUAAAGGCACUCUUUAUGAUGGUGGUGAUGUGCCGUUCUCCACUACUCGACUUUCGACGAUCGGCAAAGCUGUAGUUGGAAUCAUCGAGAAUCAGGAGGCAACCAAGAAUCGAGCCGUGUUUAUUCACGACGCUGUUGUGACGCAGAAGCGGCUGAUUCAAUUGUACGAGAGUAUCGAUGGGAAGGAAUGCGAGACUGAAGUCAAAUCCACCAGUGACAUUGCCAAGGGGGCUUGGGAAGAGUUCAAAACCCCAACGCCAACAUGGGAAGUGUCAUGA